GGCAACGCAGAAAUACAUCUCAUUCCAUUCUGUCUCACCUGACAAAUCACGUCCAGAGUCUCAUUUAGGCUUUGCCAACAGUGCAACACAGCGGGCGGCGGUCUCCUUUUUUGGUUUCUACUCGCUUUAUUCGCAUGGACUGAGGAGCUGACACGGCCACAAAAGGUGGCGUCAGUUUAGAUAAAUGCUCUGAAACCAGCAACAGAGAGCUCGCCGACACUGGAGAGAAAGGUUGUUGUUAUCUGGGAGGUCGCCGCUGGUUCCCCUCAUCAUGCCGGGCCACAAGAGGCAGUCAAGUAUGGAGCUGCUGGAAUUAAUGGGAGUGGUGAAGGAAAAUGGAAAUGAGCAUACCUCAUUUCCUCCUGUGUUCACUUCGCUGUCAUACGACUACGUCCUGGUCGCCAAAACGAUCGAUGACCAGGAGAGGGAUGCCUUCAUUAAACAGACCCAAUUCAUCAACGAGCUGAGGAAGAAGAAUUUCAAAGUGACAAAAAUCUCCGAUAAUUAUCUCGUCUUCUAUGGGAUCCAAGCACCGAAGGAAAUAUUCCAGAAGUACAUGUAUCUGCUGAAAGUAUCUGACACCUGCAACUGGAGCUCGAAUCAAAAAGACCUUUCUCUGAGCACAAGGAUAAGGAUCGUCCAUUUCAUAAUACAUCGCACAUGUAUCCACUCAGGAGAAAAUCUGCGGGAUCUUCUGAAGGCGAAGGUUUUUGAGGCAAGAUUCUGUUUACAUGAGAGAAGGAGACAGAAAGAGCUGAAGAAGAGCUGGGCACGAUGGUCAGCCUGUCUCCAAGGGCAACCCAUAACUGCUGUCAGGAACUACUUUGGGGAGAAGGUAGCUUUGUACUUCCUGUGGCUGGGAUGGUACACAUGGCUACUCAUCCCACCAGCUCUUAUAGGGAUCUUGGCCUUUCUCUAUGGCCUCAGCUUCUUCAACAGUUCGCCCCUCAUAAAAGAGGUUUGUGAAUCUGACAGAGUCAUGUGUCCGCUUUGUGACGAGGGUUGCAAAGUGUGGAAGCUUUCAGAGACCUGCUCAUAUGCCAAGCUGAGCCUGCUGUUCGACAACAAUGGCACGGUGCUCUUCGCUAUGUUCAUGGCAAUAUGGACAACACUGUUUCUGGAGUUCUGGAAGAGACAUCGGGCAACUUUUGUGUGCGAAUGGAAAGUGUCGGAGUGGUCUGAAUCAGAGGAGGAACUGAUUCUGGAAAUUGUGAACGAUAGUGACUGUCACCCAAAUGAGUACAAGCAUUCUUACCUCCACAGCACUCUGGUAUUGAUCUGUGUCACCAUUAUGAUAGCGGUGAUUAUUGGCUUGACACAUUUGUUGGUGGUGUUCAGGGUGAUAGUGGCAGGGUUUCUGGCUAAAAAAUCUUCCGAAAACAGCCAUUCCAACAUCGGAGCAAUGUUAGCAGGCGCUGUGCUCCAUUUCCUCAUCAUCACCAUCAUGACGCGGGUCAACAGGAUUGUAGCUAUGAAGCUCUGUGACAUAGAAAAAACCAGAACAUUUGCUGCCACAGAGAGGAGUUUUACUGUCAAGAUGUUCACCUUCCAGUUCUUCACCUACUUCUCCUCUCUCUUCUAUGUGGCAUUUUUUCUCGGCAGGAUAAAUGGCCAUCCAGGGGAAUAUGUACGGAUUGGUGGGAAGUGGAGACUGGAAGAAUGUCACCCAAGUGGAUGUCUCACAGACUUGUUCAUUCAGAUGAUGAUUAUAAUGGUGCUGAAGCAAAUCAUCAGCAAUGUGGUUGAGUACAGUGGCCCCUGGAUCCACAAGUUUUUGAGAAAAAGAUCCCCUAAGCUGCAGAGGAGAUGCGGUGUCUGCUACCAGAAAGAUGAAUCUGAGGCCAAAGACGGAGACGAGCUGUGUGAGAUGUGCAAACUCAAAGACUGGCACAAAAACUAUCAACUCACUCAUGUGGACUCAUUCAGCCUGUUCAACGAGUUCUUGGAGAUGGUGAUCCAGUUUAGCUUCACCACCAUAUUUGUGGCAGCAUUUCCGCUUGCCCCCCUGUUUGCUUUAAUCAAUAAUGUGGUUGAGAUCCGGUUGGAUGCCAUUAAGAUGCUCACUCUAGAGCGCAGAAUGGUUCCUAAGAAAACCAACAAUAUUGGUGUCUGGAUAGACAUACUGGAAGCUAUUGGUGUGUUAGCUGUCAUUGUAAAUGGGCUGGUGAUUGGGGUCUCGUCGGAUUUUAUCCCUCGACUUGUGUAUCGUUAUGUCUAUGGCCCAUGUGUCAACAGCACAACAACAGAUAUAGACUGCAUGGCUGGUUACAUCAGUAACACCCUGUCCAUUGCAUCAAUGAAUGACAACAGAGUAAAUUUUACACACUAUCAAAUGGUCACUCCUGAUGGCUUCAAUGCAACGUCAUGCAGUUACAAAGACUACAGAAACAGUGACUUUAAUGUUACUCCACAGUUUUGGUUGAUUUUGGCUGUGCGCUUUGCUUUUGUUAUCCUCUUUGAGCAUAUUCUCGUCAUAUGUAAAUUCAUUGCAGCCUGGUUUAUCCCGGCGGCUCCAAUGCAAGUGAAGAAUGACAAACUCUUUGACAAACUCGACAGACUUAAAGAGGAACUUAAGUCUUUUAAGCCUGACGGCGUUUGAACUCCUCGAUGGGACAUAUUUUACUGUGAAAAUACAACCCCAGUAUGGCCUUGUGCAUCUACAUCCAAAACUGGGAAGGGUUGAAACAUCUCUCAUCUUUUAUCACCAUUCUGAAGAGAUCAAACACAGUGACUCCUCUCAUCCAGUGUUGGAAAUUAACACUUUUAAGUGCUGCCUAAUCCAUGUACCAAAAAACUUUACAUAGAGACAUUUCUUUUUUGUUUUGUUCUUGGGCUCAUAUAGAUAAGGUUUGAAUUUUACUUUCAUUAUGUGCAUGAUUUUCAUACCACUUUUGGAGUUUUAAUGAUUUAUUUUAACCUGUUCUUACUAAGGAGGAACGAUAAUAACAUACAACAUCAGAGACUGUUAAAAACAAGGAUUUUCUCCUAUUGCCACUGGGUUACAAUUAUGGAUUAGGUUUAUAAAUGGUCAUGUAUUCACCAAGUAUUAUGGUUUCAGUCUUUGUGGUUGUAUGUUGUAUAAUCAUUUAAUGUGUUAUUUCAUAAAAUAGUAUUUAUAUAAAUCAUUGAUUUAUAUAAAUCAAGUCCUAUAUUACUAACGUGUGCCCGUGUUGAAUGGGUGUAAACCUCUGAGCAGAACUGUAAGUGUACCGUAACUGAUGUUACUUACCUUGCGUUUUAUUACAUUAGUGGUAUUAUAUACUGAGUAUUGGCUUAGAGCUUAGUGUUGGAUCUGUGAUCGUGAGCCAUCCAGUAUAUGAUUGUUCUGCCGAAAGCCUGCAAAUUAUUUAUAUUACUACACUAUUGACUGCUGAUUGUGGUAUCAUGAUGCCUUAAACUGUAAAACAAAACAAUGCUUGUUGCUUUUUUUUUAUUCAGAUCACAUUUGAGUGUUUAUUUAUAUAAAUGAGAAUGUUUUGCAUUAUUACGUUUUGUAUUAUUGAAUAAAAUAAGAGACUUUUAUGUGUA